AUGGAUGCUUUUAAGCGUUUGCAAAUGAGAAAUGUGACGUUUGGUCAGCCCGCUAAGGUUUCUUUUGCAGAUUCCUUCAUCGACCCUGGUGAUGAGGUCAUGGCCCAGGUAAUUGAUAGUGGUUUGGAAAGCUGUGGGGUUAGCCUUCAACUGCACCUUCCUUCUCUUUGGCUCUGUCAUACAGCUCAUAGCUUGUGCAAGGUGGUUGGAGGUGUUGAUGAGCUGAUGCCAUCGCUUCCAUCAGCAACAGGCGUUAAGGUUAUAUCAUAUUCACAACUAAUUACUCAGGGUACUAGCAACCAUUACCCCUUUUGUCCACCAAAACCGGAGGAUGUUGCUACAAUAUGCUAUACAAGUGGUACAACUGGGACACCAAAGGCCUGGGUGUUGAAAUGGCUAUGGCCAUCUGCAUCGAGCCGUGUCAAAGAUGGAACAACCUUUUCUACUAUUCGGGAUAUAGCUUAUAAUAACCUGUUCACAUCAUAUCUAACUUUUGAUCAUGGAGGUAAAUAGGAAAGCAGUGAGAUUAAUCGUGUUGUUUCUGUACAUGUUCGUAGAAAGGUGUUUUGAGUUGGUUUUGUUGUUUUGGGUUUCGUAUCAUGUAGCAGUUUAGAUCUAGAUUGUUUGUUUUGUAAUUAGAAUUUGCUAAAUUGUGUUGUUAGAUGACUUAAUAAACAACAAAA